AUGGCGACCCAAAUUGGGUUGUUAUCACCACCAAGAGACUCCUCCCUGGACGGCCCCGUGAACGGAAAGCAGAGAAGAAAGACAUUGUCGAGGAACUUCACUGCUUGGGCAUUGUUCAAUCUCCAGGCGCUUCAUGUUUAUAUUCUGUUUGAACCACCUCUCAUCAACAAGCCCCCCGAUGUUCCGCUCCCUGAUCCUGCAACCAAUCCGGAAUGGUAUGGCCAGAUUUGUUUGAAGUAUCCAGGAGACACCAAACUACACACAACACAUUUUCCUUACCAGUUCCAGGCUCAGUGCCAAGUUCGCGUCAUCAUGAACGACAUGUGGAUAGAGCGGUUUGGCUCGUCCCGACAGAGUUCGCCUGAGGGAGGUACCACCAUGCUUCCGUCAACCCAGCUGGAGCAAACCAACGAGUUCUACGCUCGACUUAAGGCGUGGUUUGAUUCCUUGCCUGACCCUCUAACCCCCCCGAGGAUUGUUUUUCCAAGCCAGAUUCUCCUGCACUACGGAGACCAAUUUCUUGUCCAGCCAUUAAACACUCUUGGCUUUUGGUCCCUGAGCAUGGUCCAUGCCAUUGUCUCCCAGAAUCAUGAGAUACACGAACAGAACAAUAGCGAGCUGAAAGCAACCCAAUCCACGCUCCUGCUGGCAGCCAAAGGCCUCUAUGAGCAAUCGGCUUCAUUUUAUCUCGAUCGCCUCACCCUUCAACUACUCCGCUCCAAGAUGCGACCACAGGAAAGAAAUUUGCUUGAGAGCGAGGUACUCUUUUACGACCGUGAUUACGCGGGCCAUCAUCUUCCAGGCAAUCAGCACGACAAAAGUAUCAAAAGCGAAGAAAACAACAAAAAGAAAGACGGGCAGACCGGUUCUCAAACUGUUAGCGAUCGGGCUGGCGAUAACAAGGAUCAAGGAUCGGCAGAGAAAGAACCAAUUCGGGAAGUAAGGAGCAAGUGGGUGGUCACGGUCAGGAGCGUGGACGAUGAUCCUGAGAUCCACAGGCUGCAGAAACUGGUCAUGAAUAAUUUGAAAUUAGAUGAGACUUUCGAGUGGUCUGAUGAGGAUGAGGGAGCGUUUCGUUGA